UCCCACAGCCACAAACUACACAUCACACUACAGUAUCCAUGGCUUCUUUCCUCUCCGCUCCUCCCUCUCUCUCCUCCCGCACUCCUCUCUUCUCUCUCUUUAGACCAACUAACCCCACUUUCUCCCCCGCAACUUCACGAAGCAGACGCCUAGUCCUCACAGCCUCAGCCAGAGCUCUCCAAGCUCUGAUUUUCGAUUGCGACGGCGUCAUUCUCGAGUCCGAGCAUCUCCACCGCCAAGCCUACAACGACGCCUUCGCCCAUUUCAACGUCCGCUGCCCGUCUUCACCCUCGCCUGCCCCCCUCGAUUGGACUCCCGAAUUUUACGACGAGUUGCAAAACCUCAUCGGCGGCGGGAAACCCAAAAUGAGAUGGUACUUCAAGGAGCACGGUUGGCCGACUUCCACAAUUUCGGAUUCGGUGCCAGAGAGUGAUGAAGAUAGAGCAAACUUGGUUGACAUUCUUCAGGACUGGAAGACGGAGAGGUACAAAGAAAUAAUUAAAUCUGGAACCGUUGAGCCCAGACCAGGAGUUUUGAGAUUGAUGGAUGAGGCCAAAGCUUCUGGAAGAAAGCUAGCAGUCUGCUCUGCUGCAACUAAGAGUUCAGUAGUCUUGUGUUUAGAAAAUCUAAUUGGAUUGGAGCGCUUCCAAGGCCUCGAUUGCUUCCUAGCAGGUGAUGAUGUGAAGGAAAAGAAGCCCGAUCCGAUGAUCUAUGUCACAGCCGCCAAGAAACUGGGCGUGUCGGAGAAGGAUUGCUUGGUGGUAGAAGACAGUGUUAUCGGAUUGCAGGCUGCAACGGGAGCAGGAAUGUCGUGUGUGAUCUCAUACACGUCGUCCACUGCUAACCAGGAUUUCACAGCAGCAGCAGCAAUCUACCCUGACUUGAGCAAAGUCAGAUUGGCGGACUUGGAGGCGUUGCUUGGAGACGUCGUGGCUGCAAAGUAAAUCUCGAAGGUUUACGAUUUCCGGACCGAAUCUUGCCUUAUGGUAACAUUUAUACAUCAAUGAAAAUAUAGUUGGUUUAAGUGAGUUGAUAAGAAGGUAUUGACAGCUUCAGCUUUGCAUUCUUGCUAUAAUUCAAUCUUUUGGCUGCAAAUGGCUAUAUAAUUAGUUAAGAACCUUGGUUGUGUUGAAUGUAUUAACACUUUGCACAAGUGGCUUGAUAAGUUCUAAAAAACUCAUCAAGUAAUGCUUAUUUUCA